UCUGACUCUUGAGUCCCGAUCGGGAAGCACCGAAGCACCGAAUAAGAGAAGAUUGAAGCAGCAUUUGACAUUGGAAAGUCCUGGUGAGAGCCUGAGAGGUGGUUUGGUGAUUGCGCCUGAUGAGGGAGGACAAUACUGUGGCUUACCAGAGAGAGCUCCAGUAAACUACCGCCAGGCGUCGCUAGGGUAUUUUCGCAAAGUGGCAGUGCGAAUAAUUGCACGUUAUAAUUGAAGUGUGCGGGUGCCAACACCAGCAGAUACUAUUCUCUUCUGAAAGACACCCUCAAAAGCUCAUUCUACUUGAAGGAGACUCAAUGAAGCUGCUUGAGCUGAUCAACGGAGUGUAAGACGGAGUGUGAGAAGGUGGGGAGGCUAAGUGGUACAGUGGGUUGACAGCUGGCUUGUUCUCGCGCAGGCGUAAACCAUGCAAGGAGUCUUGGCUGAGAGGCCAGUCAAUCAGCCCGCACCUCAGGAUCCUACUCCUUCCUCGACACAGUUCCGCCUGCCGGCUCAAAGCAUUGGUGAUGCAGUCUUCAAGACUCCCAAAGCCAAGCCCCCGAAGAUGCGGAACGACCAAAGUCUUCUGCCAGUAACCCCAACCUCUGAUGCGCAGAGCUCCCCUCCUGACCCUCUCCUUCAGCAGUUCCUCUUCAAAGUGCCCAGGACUCCGCACAUGGAGUCCAUCUCGACUCCAAGCAGGAAGCACGAAAGGCUCAGCUCUUCCCACGACACAGGAGGGCAGCGUGACUCAACCUUUCUGACGCCUCGAGACUCCUUUCGGACACCCCAGAACCACACUCGGACGCUUCAGGACCAGUUUCGGACACCCCACGCUCAGACUCCCGGUGCGUCGACAACAAUCCGGAAGCAGGGUCAGAAUAGCACCCCAACUACGGCGCGAAAGGAGAAGCUCGCAUUCCCGGACACGCCGUCUCCGUGCCAGGGGCAUGUUGCAUUGCCGAGCCCUUCGACCACCACCAACGGGGUUUCGCAGCGAGUGCUGCCGUCGGUGGGACUGCGGUUGGAGGAGGCAGGGGCCGGCGAGGAGGAAGCGGCAGAGUGUUGCAUCUGUCAUGAUAAGGAAGGAGAGAACCUAAUUGUGUUCUGCGACGGGUGCGACCUCGCAGUGCACCCAAGCUGCUACGGCUACCCCCUCAGCAGGGAGGUCCCUGAGGGCACGUGGCUCUGUGAGCGGUGCGAGCACCCCUCCCCCUCGGCCCCCCGCUGCUCUCUCUGUCCCUCCGCGGGGGGCGCCAUGAAACGUACCACUGAUUGGCAGUGGGCCCACCUGAGCUGCGGCUUCUUCAUCCCGGAGGUCUUCUUCCUCGGUCCGAACGGGAACGACUACGUGCACACGUUGCACGUGCCCCGGGUCCGGUUCCGCAUGCUGUGCCACGUGUGCGAGGAGUGGCACGGCGCGUGCGUGCACUGCACCGAGACGGGGUGCGACAGGUGGUUCCACGUCACGUGCGGGCAGGCGCGCGGGUUUGCGAUCGAGUACCGGCGAAACAAGCACGGGCGGGACAUCGUGCUCGCAUUCUGCGAGGCGCACACGACCAAGUGGGAGAAGGACAAGCGCGAGAAGAAGCGCUUCAAGAUCUCGUCCAAGCUGUCGGUCAAGAAGCGCUAGGUUUAGAGUUCGAUUUGAGAUGGGGAAGGGUGCAGUAGAGGAAAGCACCGUCCUAAUAUUGCUUUGUGAGCUUUGAUGGAAAAGUAGGGAGUCGAUGGAAGGCGAAGGCAAGCGUCGAAUGCGUUGUAAACUUUGCCCGCUAAACAGCGGGUUGACUGGUCCGACUUGGGCCAAGGGGGUCUAGCUUGCGCGGCAACAACCAGAUCUACGAUUGAGGGCUGGCCCGAGGGCCAGAAACAAAGUGCUUUGAGGAGUGAGGCUCACCCGCUAGCAGGAUCAGGAAGAGCUCAUUACUGCUUGCAUUCUUGUACGAAAGCCAAGAACGAAACUGAACAAGCGAUUGAAGCGAUGGCCGCAACAAGGGCAGUAGCAGAUACGAAACUCGCACUUCGAGAUCGCAUUGUUGCAUCUGCACAAAGCGAUGUUUUACAAUAUCUGGAAAGACCCCG